GUGGCCGGGGAGGGAGGGCUGCCGGGGGCACAUGAUCGGUAGCUGUGGCAGCCGCCGCAUGGGGAUCUCCGGCUCACUCCUCCCUCUCUCGCUCCCUCCACCGCCAUUCCCCCACCGUUGGCCUCAGCCUUUUGUACUCUCCUCAUAAUGGCCCAUCCGCCUGGGAGAGAAGACGCUGAUAUGGAUGUCAACUCCCCAGAACAGGCUUCCGACAUGCAGGAUGUGGCGACCUCCCCAGAUAUGGAACAUCGCCUUGACACUACUCCCUGCCAAGUUGACAAGCAUCUGGACUUUGUUACUAUAAAUAAAAAUGGACAUCUUCUCCUGGGAAGCAGCAGUCUGACUGGGCGCUACUGGGGAGGUUCCAUAUGGUACUACGACGAUGUAGCGCUAGCUCCAAAUGUUGAGAAAUGUGUUGUUGGAUAUGAAGUUGGCUCAGGAGUUGCUGAUGGGGUAUUUCUUGAUGACAAGACAAUAUUAAUAGGACAGGAUUGUGGUUCUGUAGAAUUUCUAUCGAUAACGGUGGAAAGUAGUGGACCAUUAAUGACGAGUAUGUGUCGAGUGGACGAUCACCUGGAUGCUGUUACCUGUGUUAAAGUUACCUGCAGUGGGAAAACUGCUCUUACUGGAUCAUCAGAUAUGAGCAUAAGGAUGUGGGAUUGUCAAACAUCGACUGCUGUUCGUUUACUAUCACUGGCGCACUCUCAACAAAUUACAGGAGUUUCUGCUCAUCCGUCAAAUGAACAGCUGUUCCUUUCAUCUGGAAUGGAUGGGAAUGUACUUCUUUGGGAUUUAAGGUGCCAGAAACCUGCAUCUUGCAUAUAUCGUGACUGGGACGACAAACCAGAGUGUGUAACAUGGUUAGGAAAUGCAGAUUCUGGCAGUGCAUUUGGAGAUCAGUUCUUAGUUGGUCUUCAAAGUGGAACAGUGGCCUUGCGCAAUACAAAAAAUCUGAACUGUAGCAUUUACUCAUUUCAAGCACUUAACAGACCAUUGUACAGACUUGCAGUAAAUCCAACAAGACCAACACUGGUGGCUGUAUGUGGAAAUGAUACCAAAGUUUUGGUCAUCGAUAUUACAAAUGAAGUGAUUGACCUAAAGUAUGAGGAUGACCGCCAUGAUGAUUUUGUCAGAGGGGUGUCCUGGAGAGAUUCGGAAUGUCUUGUUACGUGUGGAUGGGAUAAGCAAGUCUUAAUACAUUGUAUAUAAAUCCUUCUGCAUUGUCAGUCUGCUGCAACAUGUCCCCUCCCCCCCCCCUCCCUUUUCAUAUCUAAGUAAUAUGGUACUUACGUUGCAUUGCACUCAUGUCUCAUUAAUACCAUUAAAAUUCACAUGAAUUAAUAAAUUGCUCUUAAAGUGAAAAUUUCAAGUCUAAUGACUGGGAAAUUUGUAUCCAGUCUUUAGAAAUGUUGACCGUUUUCUUGUCAUACUAUCAUGUUCAUCCCAUUACAAUGUAUGAAAAAGAUUAAUUUUUCAUAAAAAUCAUGCAGUUAAUAAACUUUAAAAAA